AUGUGGGUUUUUAUUUCAGCUAUUUUUUCCCUCGGAGCUUCUUCCUUGAUCCCUUUGGCGCGCCAUGAUAGAUAUUUCACUACUGACUCAGGGAACUACCGAUCCGUCUGGUACGCUCAGGAUCACUUUACCAACCAUUGCUACCAUCCAUGCAAGGAUUCUUGGUAUCCUUGGGAUAACCACGUAGCUACUGUUCGCCAUUGCUCCUAUUGCGGAACCGGAGGUCAAUGUUGCACGGGACGAUGGCACAAAUUUCAUUUGCACAAUUGCUCGCCCGAGUUUGAACGAGCUGCUGAGGAGUUUUAUCGACAGACCGACAAUGCCCAUCACGUCUGCAUUUACUUUCAACGAACUGAAUUAAUUCCAACAACUUAUACGACUAUGACCACGACAACGAGCACAACAAGCACUACUACCACUACUACUACAACAACAACAACAACAACAACGACUUCCAUUUCUACGACAACUACUUCUACAACAACAACGACCUCCACAACAACAACCACAACGACCACCAGUACGACUACAACCACCACUACUACUACAACAACGUCGUCUACUACCUCAACGACCACUACCACCACAACCACAACAUCGACCACUUCCACAAUCUCAACUACCACAACUUCCACAACUACUACCACGACGAGUACAACUACAACUUCUACGGCCACAACAAGUACUGAAAAUCCCACAACGACAACUACCCAAAAAGCUACGUCUGAAGAAACUUCUGUCGCAGAAACUGAAAGUUUCCACAUUGACUAA